GAGAGAGAAAAAAAAGUUGGGUCUGAUUUGCUGGAAUCGCGCAGGAGCCGAACCGGACGGUUUCAUAUCAAGUUUUGGUGAAGACAGGGGUGAACAUCGCACACUCUUCUCCUCCUGCGCCCCCUCUGCUGAAGUGAUGCUUUUAUAAGAACGAGGCACCGCUGCGCCGUUAAGACGAGCCGCGCGUACCGGAGCGAGGAGUGCGCACGGCCGCAGCAGCAGCUCCGCUUGCACCGGCUCCACUGCCAGAGAGCUCCCCGUGCAUGUCAAAAAAUAUAUAACAAUCUCCUGCUUUUUUUCUCAGCGGAGACGACAAUCUUUGGAUCGCAAAAAACAUUUCAUGGAUGUCAGUGGAUAAUCUUUUUGGUUUCACGCGGAUAGCUGCUGCUCCUCCACAGUCUCGCACGGUGCACGUCGGUCCAGGAAUGGCGCGAUAAAGUGAUCGGAGGAAUCAGUCGUAGUACAUUCACUUUGUGUGUAACCGUCUCGUCAUGUACUCUCCAAUUUGUCUCACUCAGGAUGAAUUUCAUCCCUUCAUCGAGGCACUUCUCCCUCACGUCCGUGCCAUCGCCUACACGUGGUUCAACCUCCAGGCCAGAAAGCGCAAGUACUUCAAGAAGCACGAGAAGCGGAUGUCCAAGGACGAGGAGCGUGCGGUGAAGGACGAGCUCCUGAGCGAGAAGGCCGAGGUGAAGCAGAAGUGGGCGUCCAGGCUGCUGGCCAAGCUGCGUAAGGACAUUCGGCAGGAGUACCGGGAGGACUUUGUCCUCAGUGUGACGGGCAAGAAGCACCCGUGCUGCGUGCUGUCCAACCCGGACCAGAAGGGCAAGAUCCGCCGGAUUGACUGUUUGCGGCAGGCCGACAAAGUUUGGCGUCUGGACCUGGUGAUGGUCAUCCUCUUCAAAGGCAUCCCUCUGGAAAGUACAGACGGCGAGCGCCUAGUCAAGUCUCUACAUUGCACCAACCCAGCACUUUGUGUCCAGCCACACCACAUAACAGUAUCGGUCAAGGAGCUGGACUUGUUUCUAGCAUACUAUGUCCAGGACCAAGACUCACAGCAGUCAGGAAGUCCCAGUAACAAUGAGCCAGGCAAGAACCCUCUUCCAGUCUACUUGGAAGACAGCUUCAUCAAAUCAGGAGUCUUCAGUGUUUCAGAACUGGUGCGAGUGUCCAGAAUGCCCAUCACCCACGGCGCGGCGGUAAACUUCUCUAUGGCCGACAUGCCCAGCCAACCCUACUACCACGACCUGAACUCCAGCGUGGGGCUGCACCGCUCGCUGUCCUCCCCUCCCGGCAGCAAAAGGCCCAAAACCGUCAACAUGGAGGAGAACAUGGACACGAGCCCGACAGGACCUGACUUCUACUCGUCACCCAGCUCGCCGGCCAGCAGUCGGGCAAACUGGCACGACAGAGACGGAGCAGACAUGUCCUCUCCCACCAUGAAGAAGCCGGAGAAGACGCUGUUCAGUCCAACCUCUCCGCAGGACUCCUCACCACGACUCAGCACUUUCCCUCAGCCUCAUCACCCAGGCCUAACAGGUGUAGGACACAGUGUUAUAUCGACGAGGAGCCCCCCUCCACACUCGCCCCUGCAGUUCCCGGCCUCGGCUAUCUUGCCCCCGGCACCUUCACCCUACUUCUCGCACACCACCAUCCGCUACCCGCCCCACCUCAACCCUGCCGAUCCCCUCAAGAGCUACGUGCCGUCAUACGACCCGUCCAGCCCACAGAGCAGCCAGCCUAACAGCAGUGGUCAGGUGGUAGGAAAGGUCCCAGGCCACUUCACCCCGGUCCUGGCUCCCUCCCCACAUCACAGUGCCGUGCGACCUGUCUCGCUCUCCAUGCCGGACACCAAGCCCAUCACCACAUCCACAGAAGGCUACUCAGCCCCUGGCACCCCGACGGCUAAUCGUUUUGUAGGCCUGAGCCCCAGAGAUCCCACCUUUCUCCACCAGCAACAGCUGAGGAAGUGUGACUGGAGCGUGACUCAAAACGGCAGGCAUUAUGGCCCCAGUGCCACUGACGACACUUUGGGGAUUGCUUGGCAAAGUCCUGGUACCUGGGCGAGCUUAGUUCCAUUCCAAGUGUCGAACGGGACUCCGAUUCUGCCAACAAAUGUCCACCAGAACUACAGCAUAAACAUCAUUGGUGAGCCCCUGGUCCCCGCUGAGACAGGGAACUGAAACACACACAAACACACACAUACACGAGAGGCCGGAUGACACCCCCGUGGGCGAAAGGUCGGGUUGGGGGGUGUCGGUGGUGCAGAGCUCACACUACAGGUGUCUGCAGCCCAUGGAUGAAACCAGCAAAGCAGCACGAGCUGCACAACCCCGAUCUCACCCCUUCUGUGCCCCCACAUCCCCCUCGACUCCCGUCCCUCCCCCCCGUGAUGGACCCUGUCCGUGAAGUGAAGACGAGGGUUGGUUCAGAGGAAAAAGGAAGAAAAAAAAAAAGAGAAAGACCCGGCCCAGCCCAUCCCACACCCAGCACCCACCAGUCAGUUGUUGUGUUUGCAGAACUUUUCAGUUCAUUCAAAUACUGUGAUGUAUAGAUGCCUUAAUGUUUCAUUGCAUGACACUCUAGUCUCUUAGCGGCAAUUCCCACUAUUUUUUCAUGUCGGGGAAAGGAUGUAAAAUCUUGAUAGACACACACACACACAAACACACACACACACGAGUGAAGAGGUCUGCGUAAAAACAACCUCUGCCUGGUGGAUGGCUCCGAGACUCUAAGCUCUCUUAACUCCGACCUCUUGAAAAGAGGCGUUCCCAUGUCAAACGAUUCACUGUGUACACCAUAGGAACAAAAAAAAUUGUGAAUUCAGAGUGUUUUUCUUCUUCCGUUUUGAGUUCAGUUUACUGUGAUAUGACUCUUUGUUCAGAAAAUGUGUUGACUUUGUUUAUUCUGUUAUUGCUACUUACUCCAAGAAUUAAUGUAAAAGAAAAAAAACACUUACAGUAAGAGUUGAGAACUCUUCAUGCGGUUUUCAAAAAACACUAAAUGUUCAGCUUGAGAUUGGACCCCCUAAAGAAUUUGCAACUCCUUUACAAAAGGACUUAAAAGAAAAGACGGAGAGUUAAGAAAAUCUCGAAUAGAGGCAAGUGCAAUUUAAUUUUUGAAGGGAAGCUAUCAGUCUGUCAGCCCUAAGACUCUAAAGGAAGGGGGAUACAUAUUAAAUGGUUUUAUGGGAAAAAAAAAAUGUUUUAGAAAACAUUGGAAUUUGAUUUCAGUCACGUAACCGUCUCCUCACGUGAGAAAAACAUCGAGCAUGAAAGACAUGUGAAGGCAAGCACUAAGCUACCUGUGCAGCGCUGAUGAGCAAAACCAGCACUUCUUCCUCUUGAGCCCCUCCCGUCAUUAUGGGGAGUUGUUUUUUUUUCUAAUUUUAAUUUAUUUUUAGAGGGAAAAAAAUGAACAUAAAUAAUGAGACACACAUAGUGUGUAAAAAUGGCAUUUCUUUUUUUUUUUAAAUGUUCAUGAUAAGAUCAAGAGCAUAUGCAUUUGGCCAUCAGCUUCUAAAGCUUAUGUUUACAGAAUAUAUAGGAAAUAUGGAAUGCAAAGUUUGAAUCAAUGGAGAUACACGAGGCUUAUGUGUAAAGCUACAGUUUGUACAAGGUUAACUCUGCAAGUGGAAGAAGUUUGAAACUGAAAUUAUUGACUCCAGGUGGUGGCAGAUCCCUGAAAUCUAGAAUUGUGCACGGCAUGUUCGCGCGGCCAUUGCCUCUCCAAGUCCAGACGUAUUUAUACCAGGAAAAAAGAAAUUCUCAAAUACUCUUAAUUUGCACGAUGACAUAUAGUCCACAUUACGUGCCUUGCCUUUGAAUAUAGAGACAUCACUACACUUGUUUUUGCUGCAUUUAUCAUUAUAGGAAAAAAAAUUAACAUUUUUAUGAUAAGAAUUGUUUUGUACUCUGAAUGAAAUCGUUGAUUUUUAACUUCAUGUACUACUCUAUCUCACAGUUACAUUGCAUAUCAAGGCUGUGUAUAGUUGCCGUUUUAAAGUUUGUAAUCAACCAGCGGUUUUUGUUUUUUCCUCAGUAUUUUGGUGGUUUUUCAAAUAACCUGUCAUCUUUUUUUUUUUGUUUUCUUUUUCUUUCUAAAUUCUCAUUUUUGUUCAUCUUCCAGUUACUAUUGUGGAGGGUGGAUGUCAGAAUUAUGAAAAUUAUGCAAUACCAAGUUUUGCCUAUGUAGGUAUAGUGCUUAUAGAUGCGUCAAUUAUUAGAGGCUAGUUUGGAGAUAGACAAUAUUGUAAUGCAUUUAUUUUGUUGAUAUCGUUGUUUGUCGUUGUUAUUGUUGAUGAUGUUGUUGUUGUUGUGGGUGUUUUCCUUUUUUAUUGACCAAAGUGGGGACUGCUUUCUAUGCAGUGUAUGACAAGGUCUUUUGUUAAUUUUUAAAUCUCCUUUCUUAAGCUUACAGGCCUACCGAGUGACAGUAAGACAUGUUCCAGUGUAUUUUGAAUUUGGAAGUUUUAGAGGGAGGGGCGGUAUUUUUCUAGAAGUACUUAUAAAAAAAAAUGCACCCUUGGUCUUUCUACGGCUGCAAAGUCACUGAUUGGUCUACUGUGACUCUUACUUUCAACUUUCCACUUGGGGUGCUAGCGCGUGACCUUGAAGGAACUUAAUUUUUUCCCACAGGAGAGACGGCUUGACUUGAGUAUGACAAUCAUUUUUAAAAAGAAAUCCUUUCGCCUAGAAUCCCGACCCCUCCAAACCCCUCAUGUAGAUCCCCCUGGAGCUGCAGCCGAGGAUGCAUCGCCGCUGCGCGCUCUCAUCGAAACGCUACUAUUCUAUAGACGUCACCGAAUGCAAUUCCCAAGUAGAUGCCUUAAACACAUCAGUGAAGUGGCCUGUAACCUGCGCAACAAUCACACACCGACUAAUGCUCUCGAGACCUGUCCAAAUCAGCUCCAGACAGGCUCAAGCAAGCCUUUAGAAAGUAUUUUAUAACUAGUAGAUUUGUAUAAAUGUAUAUAUGAUAUGCACAUAUGUCAAUUCCUGAGAUACUUCCCCCAUAGAGAAUGCUAAAGUCAAUAUUAGAAGCGUGGUGUUUUCCUACUUCAUGUCCAGUGGUCCAGCAGAGGCUUAAAUAGAAUCCACUAGAGAAAAAAAUAGCACUUAAAUAGCACAUAGGCAAUCGUCUUCUUCCCCCGUAUGAUGUUUUGACCCUAUAGUCUCAAACGAAAUCUCUCAGGCGUAUAACAGGGCAUUAUUUAUAUCAAUCAUAAUCGAACAUCAGCGCCUCCGAUGCUGCUACGACACCUUUUGCACUCUUUCCCCCACAAUCGUGAAAGACGUGUUUCCCUCGUUGAGACGACACUAGCACGGAAACGUUCCGACGCCAGCAGAGGGCCAAGAAGCAGAUUUUCUUUUUGUUGUUGUUUUUUUGGGAAAAAAAUAAUCCUCAAGUCAAGCUCAAUCUCUCCGUCUUCACCCAGAUUUCUUAUCCAGGAAUUUUUUUUUUGAAAAAAGUCACCCCGUUCUAUGUGCACUGUUCUGUCUAUUUCAUUUCAUUUUGUUCUUUUUUUGCUCUUAAAAUAAAAACUAGAAGUGCUUUGCAGCCUUUGGCCAUUGGAAACCCCACUGAAGUGCAUUGUCCCCAAGUGUGUUUGUGAAUCGGUGUGAGUGUGAGAGAGAUAGAAAAUGUGUCAGGGUCACUGUGCUGUUGGUGUUUAUUUGAAUAGGAGACUGUAUAUAAAGGUAAAUAUCCCGAUUGCGUCAAUAGCAGUUGUCCGUGGGGUUGAACUCUGCUUUGGCAGCUUGAGAGUUCGUGUGCAUGUGUGCGUGAGAGUUUGUGAUCGAGUGUUUCUGACACUACACAAUGAGAGAAGAUGAGGGUCUUUCUAUUGAGAAAAAAAAAGCCUGCGGUAGGACAGGAGUUUGUACACUGUAAACUUUGUCGAGAGAUUUUCUCUGAAGCCCUUAUUUGUUAAUCUUCAAUUCUGGGGAAAAAAUGAGUCAGUUCCAUUUUAGGAAAAAAUUAUUUGGGUUUUUGUUUAUUUGUUGUGGAAGCUGGAUUUGAGUUAGAACUCUCCAGGUUUCCCCGAUUAGUAGAAUCUAAAAUGUUUUCAUCAGUUGUUGUAUGUAACGUCGAAAAAUAAAAGCGAGGGGGCUCCAUAAAUAGAAAAACAACAACAAUGAAGGUUUUUUAUUAUUAAUAUUAUUAUUUCUGAACUUGGUUAGUGCUUAGAUAUUUCCAUUUGGGAAACACUUCAUGAAUAUUUUUAAUUGUUGUUCUUUCAUUAGUGUGGCCAUAGCGAGUGUGAUGUGAUUUAUCUCUUUUAUUUUUAUGUUUUAUUUUUUGGAAAUGGGUGUGAAUUUCUUGUCCAACAAGGUCGUGAUGUGAGCGUGUUUCUUGUAGCAGCUGGGAGGUGAUGUCACUUAUCCAGGAUAUAAUAAAAAUGUAAAAAAAAAAAGGCCCCAGAUUGCACCUGACCUUAAAACGAGAAGCAGGGUAGAAUCUGCAGUGACAAACGUCCUCAAUGGAUCUAUCAGAUAUAGUCUUUUUUUUAAAAUUGUCUUUACAGAGGAAAUGUUUCAAGACGAUUGGUGCUAGAUCUCGCCAUAUUUCUGAGUCAACCAGCCAGUGUUGAGCUGUGUGCUUUUGUUCUUCUUGGACUUAAUCUGUAAAAUCAUCACGGCAUCGCUCAUUUUGCACUUUCCACAUGCUAACCGAUGCCUGAUGCGAUGUAGGGAGACCCUCGGUGUACACUACAAAACAAACAUUUCUUUACAGGUGCUCCAGACAUGGUACCUUCCAGCUGAUAGUGUUUUCAGGCUGUGAACACAACCUGCGGAAAAGCUCUUGAAACCGUAAUGAAAUCUGAAUCUGUGUUCCACCCAUCAGCAGAUUCUGACGCUCACAUGUACAUUUUAAAAAGUAUUAUGUCAUUGAUCACCACGAUCACUGAGAAGCAGGAUGACUUUAUGCAAGGAGAACUUGUGGCACUCAUGCAAUAUGUGUGAUUUUUCCUUUUUUUUACCUGAUCACACAUCCUGUAGGGACCGAACGUC